ACAAAAUAACAAGUUUCAAAGAGAGAAUACCAAAAUCCCAAUGGAAGGUCUCAUACCAUUUCUCUUCAACGCCAUCAAGAGCAAGAAGGCUCACAGUGGCUACAGGUGCCUCUCCGAAGGCUCCAGCCGCGGCUACCGCCUGUUGGCCGGGCCGGACUCCUCCCAUGGCUCGUCUCAUCGACGAACCAGGUCGGAGUUCCAGGCUCCCAAGUAUGAUUUCACCGAUCGGCAGCCGAGUCUAGGGUUUGUACGGUCGCUCAGCGUUAAUAAGGAUUCUCUGUUCGCUCAUACCGCAGCAGAAGGCUCAAGGCAGAUCGGUGGUUUCAGUAAUAAUUUCUCCAAGAAGAUAAAUUGAAAUGUGUGUCGGAGUUUACGAUUGUUUGAUUUGUGAUGACGUCUUCAGCUGAAGUUCAUUCUGUAGAUGUUGUAAUUGUAUACAAGCGUGGAGGGUUCGAUUUCAAGACUGAUUUGUCUUUCUAGUUUUUAAUUCUGCAAAUUGUGUAGUUCAUAUAUAUAAAUCCAAUUCAAAAUUGUUCAAUUUCAAUUUUCAA